AUGGCAAUCGGCAGAAUCAUGUGUUUCGGAAGCGGAAACAAGGAGGACCCGGACGCGAAGAAGAGCAAGGAGAUCGAGAAGCAGCUGAGGGAGGAUCAAAAGCGCCUGGCCAAGGAGGUGAAGUUGCUGCUGUUAGGUGCGCGAGAGGAGCUCAAAGGAGCCAACAUCAGGCCGCUGACUUGCGAACAGGAGCGGGCGAAUCGGGAAAAUCGACUGUCUUGAAGCAGAUGCGAUUGAUUCACACCAAGGGUUUUUCGAAUUCGGAGCGGAAACAAUGGAAGGUCACCAUCUUCCAGAACUUGCUGCACUCUUUCCAGGUCAUCUUUGGGGCUAUGGAGGAACAGGAGGUGGAUUUUGCUGAGGAGAACAACAUCGUACGUGGGACUCGUUUGGGUGUACAAGUGGUGCGACGCUAACAAGGGCAUCUCUUAGCGCUACGCCGAGAUCGUUGCGGCAGAUCCUGACAUUGGCCCCGACGACCCUAUGCCACUCGACUGUCUAAACGCCUUUAAGAGCCUGUGGCGCGACGAAGGGGUACAACUUGCAAUCAAGAAAGGCAACGAAUACGCCUUGCACGACAAUCUGAUCUAGUCAGUUCACUUGGACAUCGUCCUGGAAAUGCAUACUGACCUGUGGUAGUUACUUCGCAGACGUGGACCGGCUGUUUGGCAAAGAUUACCUCCCCACCGACCAGGAUAUCUUGCGAGCGCGAUUACGAACAACCGGCAUCAGCGAGACCAUCUUCGAGACCGGAAGUCUGACAUAUCGCAUGUUCGACGUUGGUGGUCAGCGAUCGGAACGGAAAAAGUGGAUCCACGUGUUCGACAAUGUGCAGGUGGUCCUGUUCCUAGUUGCGAUCAGUGGAUACGAUCAUGUUCUGGUGGAGGACCGCAAUGGCGUAAGUCGGGAGCUCCCGGAAGCGAGUAUGUGCUUGGAAUGCUAACAAACCCCAGAACCAAAUGCAUGAAGCGCUUAUGCUCUUCGAAAGCAUUGCCAACAGCAAAUACUUCGAAAAGUCCGCUCUUAUUCUCUUUCUCAACAAGAUAGAUUUGUUCCGAGAAAAGGUACUUACGGGAUCCGCGCCGAUUCGAGAACACUUCCCCGACUUUCCAGGCAACGACCGAGACGUAGAAGCCGGACAGGACUUCUUUGCGAGGAAAUUCCGGAACCUUGUGCGCGAUCCCGACAAGGACGCCUACGUCCAUUUCACCAACGCCACGGAUACCAACCUCCUGGACAAGACGAUGAAAAGCGUGCAGGACAUGAUUGUCCAGCGCAACCUGCACAAUCUCAUGCUGUGA